GAUCUCCAUCUCAGAAGACUUGAAGGCCUUGCAUUCUCUGAUUGAUUUAUGUAUUUUCAGAUGUGAAAAUUUGAGGAGUAUUCCGGAGGAGAGCUUCAGCUGUCUUGUCUGCUUGGAGGAUUUGGAAAUUGGUGGUUUCUCAAAAGAGUUGGAGGAAUUCCCAUAUCUCAAUUCCAUCCACCACCUCAACGCCUCCCUUCACGGAUUAGGGUUGCAUGGGUGGGAAAAACUAACGUAUCUACCACCUCAAAUUCAACACCUCACUUCUCUAAGGGAAUUGAGAAUAUAUGAUUUCAAUCACGUGGAAGCUUUGCCGGAGUGGUUGGGAAGCUUGUCAUCUCUUGAAACUCUGUCGAUUGGUGACUGCGCAAAUUUGAAAUAUCUGCCUUCUGCACAAACCAUGCAAUGCCUCUCCGAGUUGCAGUAUCUUCAAAUUUUUGGAUGUCCAGAGCUAAAAGGAAGAUGUGCAAAGGAAACCGGCCUUGAAUGGUUCAAAAUUUCUCACAUUCCAUACAUCCAAAUAGAUUAUGAGCGCAUCCAAUAACAAGGACAUUGAGCCCUUUUUCUGAGACUUCAAAGUAACAAAAAAGUCCAAAUUUAUCAAUCCAAAGGGUUACUUAUGGCUGCUUCAAUUUUCUUAACCUACAAUGCUUGUGGAAAUUCUUUAAAAGGGGGAAGCAAGCAAGAGGGAGGGAAAUGGAAGGAUGUUAUGGCGCCUCCAUUCCCCACAAACCAAACAAGGGUCACUGGUUUACAGGUGCCUAAGAAAUCCUCAUCAAUCUAGUAAGUUCUUAGAACUUGUAGCAUGGUCUUUGAGUUGGGUUUUAUGAACUAGCUUCAAAAUUUUUAUCAUACAACUUGUUAGUUUAUUUGAAUUAAUUGUAUAAGGAAAUAAUCAAAGUAAUGAUGAGGGUUUUCUUGGUUUUAUGUUGUUUUCUAGGGAUUCCUAUGCACUUAAGAUGAGCAAGCUCUUGCUGGUUAUUUUUAUGAUAUUGUUUUGAACAGCAGCAUCUUGAAUAUUAAGGAUUUUGAUUAUAAGAGAGUUCUAUGAAGGGGAAGCUUUGACACAAUUGUUGGAGAACUUGUUCAAUAUUGGAAGACCACAUUUCUACUCAAAAUCUGAAAUAAUUGCCUUCUACUGGAGCCAUGCAAUGCCAAGAGGGACUCUGACUGAUUAGAAGUUUCUUGCAUUCCAAUAUUGAAGUAGAACGAGUGCAUCCCAUUCCAAGAAUAUUGAGCUUCUCGGUAAUGGAGUUAUCAUGUACCUUGGAUUUGAGCAUUUGAAGAACCUUAGGUACUGUUUAAUUCACACCAUGGAGAAGUAGCAGGGAGAAGGGAGGAAGCUUCUUGAAAUGUAAAAUAUUAUUCAAGUAUGCCUUCUAGGACAUAUAUGAGUCCUAAGUAUUAUGUCUUUGCAAGGAUGUAUAGUCUAUGCAAUGAGUUAAGUGUUUUUGUUGAAAAUUUUGGUAGAAAGAAUAUUUGUAGGUGUUCAUGAUUAGUGUCACAUUCCUUGUGCCAGAUGGCUUUUUGUACAUAAAGGGAAGAGUGGAUGUAUCUUAGCUUAUGGACUCUCUGAUUAUAGAGAGUUUUAUAAAUUGGAAGCUUUGGCAUAGUUGUUGUGAACUUGGUCUCUAUUCAGAUAUUCAAUUUUUGUCCAUAAUUUGAAAUAUUUGCCUUCUCCUGGGGCCAUCCAAUACCAAGAGGUGCUGUCUAAUUCAAAGUUCCUUACAUUCCAGUAUCCAAAUAGGCCAAGCGCAUCCGAUUCUAAGAAGAUUGAACAUCUCAGACUUCAAAGCAACCCCUGAAAUCAAAUUUGUCAAUCCAUACGGUAAUCCCUGGAUGUUCCAAUUUUUUGCAGUGCAAUAGAUGAGGAAUAGGUAAUCUUUUUUUUUUCCAUUUUCUGAAAAUGUUAAACUCAUGUUUCACAAAAGAUGUCAACAAUUGACCAUAUAACAAGUUUCAUUCCAUUCCCUUUUUCUAUACCAGCUUAUGGGAGAAUGAUUCAAUUAUCCAAACAUGGAUCUAUUGAUUUCACAUAUUUAGAGAUGAUUCCAUGUUACAUCAAAUCUAUUGCAUUCUUCAUUUGAUGCUGUUUUUAGUUAUUGUACUCUCUCUCAUCCUAUCUCCAUUUUAUCAAUUUUGCGGAACUCAGCCUUAAACUCAGUGUCACUCUACAAAUUGAAGCAGAAGGAAUUAUACCAUACAUGACUUUAAGGCAUGGAACCUUAAGUGGUAAUAGAUUAUAUUCUUUUCAUGAGGAAGUCACUUGACAAAGCAAAAAUGUAUCAAGUGUUCACUGUUCAGUAUCUCAUUCAUUAAGCCACAAGGUCUUUCAUAACUCCAGCUGCAGUUGUGCAGACUUCAGUUGUCAGUAGAAAAUCCCUUACUUGAGUAUCACAGCCUCAUUUCCAAUUAGCAUAAACCACAUUCUUUCAGACAGAUAGUUAAAGGAUGAGCAAUUUUGUGCUUGAGGUUCAAGAUUUUGUUCUGGAUGGCAGCAUCUUCAAUAAUAGAGUAUAAACUUCUCUGAUACAUCAAGGAGCUAACUAGACUUUGCUUUGCUGCACUUUGAUUAUGCUAUAGAGAAACCCUACAUGACGAUGGCUGCUACAUUUCAAUCAUCUAUCAUUGUGAUCAUGAUGGCAGUAGUAUUAUAUGGGUUAUGAGUUUGGAUAUAAGAUUUGGUGAAGUUGGGGAGCUUCUAUUGAAGAUACGAUGAAAAAAAAUUCUAGAUGUUUGU